AUGAGUCAGCUGUACUUUUUGUUGCUAAACUGUACAACAUCUGAUUUACCCAGGAGUCGUGUUAGUACUAUAACAAACGACAUAACUGACAUUUUGCAACAUUCAUCAGUAAAAAUUUUAUUUAAUCAACUGUUAAAUAGAUUCAGACAACUUGGUGAGUCAUCAAAUAAUAUCGCUGCUUAUACUACAAUGCUAAAUACAUUAUUAAACCCUUUCAGCUCACUCAGUACCGAAAAUCAAUGUUUACAAUACUUUGAAAAUUGCCAUACAUAUAUACCACCAGUCGAAGUCAAAAUUGGAGAAAAAUUUAUCUAUAAGUCUGAAGAUGACCAUACAACAAUAGCUAUUAGUGAUUUAUAUGUCCACGUAAUACCCUUAAGAAAUGUUUUUACAAAAUUUUUUCAUCUGCCACACAUUUUCGAAAAUACAAUAGCAUACCUGAAUACCCUACAAAAUGAAAAUAUUAUAAUAUCGAACUCAACUGGAAUUACUAUUAAUACUUCAGCAGGUCCAACACAAUUAUAUUUUUCACUAGCCGGAGUUAUAGGAGAUAAUCUUGCGAUCCAUACACUAUUAGGAUUUAUUGGAAGUUUUUCGUCACAUCAUCAAUGUAGAUUUUGCUACAUUAAACGAGAUGAAAUAAACAGAACAUUCAAUGAAUCUAUGUGUAAUUUGCGUACAGUAGAAAACUAUAAUGCAGAUGUAAUAAAAAAUACACCAAGUGAAACAGGUGUCGCUAGAUAA